CAUGGGAUUCAGGAAGAGACAUGCCAACUCAAUGUGGAAAAUGAACAGAAAUUAGAAUCCCAGACUGCAGUAAUGAACAAGGAGACCACAUUCAUAGAUCAUCCAUAUCCGGAUGGAGAAACUGAAGAUGUAAACCCCUCUAAAGAUAAACAGGAACAAGAGGUUCCAUCUUCUCACACCAAGGAGAAAGUGGUGAUCAAGGGUGAUGAAAAUUUUGAUCAAAUGGAAGCAAAAGGGACAGAAGAAGCAACAAAAAUGCAGUUACUAAACACUGAAAUAGAAAGACUGCCAGAAGAAGAAGUCCAGCCAAAACUCCACAAUCCUGCAAUUGUCGAAGAUGACACUGAACAAAUCUUACAGAAACAAACACUUCAGGACAAUGAAUCAGAAGCAGUUGAUACUGCAGACAACGACAUACCCAAAAUCAUAAUUGACAAAAUGUCCACUGUUGUUGAGGAACCUAAUAAACCUGAAACCAAGCCCAACGUUGGCAUAGUAAAAGAAGAACAAGCAGACAACCAAUCAGAAGGAUCAAGCAUGCAAAGUGUGACUACAAAUUUUGCAGCAUCAGAAGGACACGUGACAUCAAAAAGCAGUACAAAAUUAAGUUAUGAUGUGGAUGAACAUCAACUAUCAAGCCUAACAAACUUUUUUAUAACUUCAACUUUCCUUCAACUGGCGUAG